CGCGCCCGAGCUCUUUCUGCCUGGCGGGGAAGAAGUGCCGAGUCCCAGUUACGGGCUCCCACGAAAGGGGCGUCGUCUUCUCUCCUGAAGGACAAGUCCGAGCUGCUUGACUUCUCCCAAGAGCCGGCUGAGCAUGGGUGGGCAGUGUUGCUGCUUAUCCGAGGAGGAGAAGGCAAGCAGGCUCCUGAGUUUGGAGAUCGACCGGCGGCUGCGCCGAGACAAGCGGCAUUCCCGCAGGGAGCUGAAGCUGCUGCUGUUGGGUACAGGAGAAAGUGGGAAAAGUACAUUUAUCAAGCAGAUGAAGAUAAUUCAUGGAUCAGGCUUUUCAGAAGAAGAUCGGAAAAGCUUCACAAAACUGGUUUAUCAAAAUAUAUAUUCUGCUAUGCAAGCUAUGGUGAGCGCUAUGGAUGCUUUACAAAUACCAUACUCAUCUGAGCAGAGCAAGGAGGACAGCCGGAUGAUUGAAGAGGUACAUAUAGACAAAAUACAAACUCUGGACAGAAAAUAUGUGGAAGCAAUUAAGAGGCUAUGGAAGGAUCCAGGCACCCAGGAGUGCUACCACAGACGGAGAGAAUACCAGUUGUCAGACUCAGCUAAAUAUUUCCUUUCAGAUUUAGAACGCAUUGCUAUGCCGUCAUUUGUGCCAAAUGAGCAAGAUGUCCUCAGAGUGAGAAUACCAACCACUGGAAUAAUUGAAUACCCUUUUGUGCUAGAAAAUGUUCUUUUUCGAAUGGUAGAUGUUGGUGGACAAAGAUCAGAAAGAAGGAAAUGGAUUCACUGCUUUGAAAAUGUUACAUCAAUAAUAUUUUUAGUUGCUCUGAGUGAAUAUGACCAAGUCUUGGCAGAAUCCCACAAUGAGAAUCGUUUGGAAGAAAGCAAGGCCUUAUUUAAAACAGUAAUUACCUACCCUUGGUUUCAGAAUUCUUCAGUCAUCUUGUUCUUAAACAAAAUAGAUCUUUUAGAAGAGAAAAUUAUGUACUCUCAUUUAGUUACCUACUUUCCCCAGUUCCCAGGACCAAAACAAGAUGUCAAAGCUGCUAGAGAGUUCAUUCUGGAUUUAUAUAAAGAUCAGAAUUCAGACAAAGACAUCUACACCCAUUUUACCUGUGCCACUGACACUGAGAACAUUCGAUUUGUGUUUGCUGCUGUUAAAGACACCAUCCUUAAUCUCAAUCUAAAGGAAUUCAACCUGGCAUGAAUAAAAGGGAUUCAGCUACA